UGUAAAGCUGACUCACCUUUUGUCUUUUGGUAGAGGUUUUUUUUAGAAUUUGAUUUAGAAAAAAAAUGAAUUUAGAAUCUUUCGUUUCAUCAGAAAAAAGAUGCGGCUGCAGUUCUCCUGGUCGUGGUCCAUCGACGUGUGGCCCUUGCCAGUCUCCCGGAAGACGUCUUGUCGUACAACAAGGACAAGAAGGCAUGCAGAGGACAGAGGUGAGGCUAUAGCAAGCUGUUUUCAGUUGUCAACACAACAAACUUGUAGGACGACAAUGAUGCUGGAUUCUGGAAGUAGUACAAUUCAUGAUCUCACACGAACAGCUUUUCCUUGUUCAUCUAAAAAGAAGCCAACCUUAGGUGAAACCACAACAUGCUGCUGUUCCAUCAGUGGGACUUUUGAAAUCU